CAAAGUGCAUAAGAUAAGAGUGUUUGAUCUCAUACAGUGAUCAUGGAGCCUGUUCUUCGAUAUCCAUUCUCUUUCUUCACUCUUGUAACUAUCUUAUCUCUUUUAAUCAACCCUUGUCACUGCUUCAAUCCCAAGCUCCUUAACAUUUCGUUGGCACAAACCGACUCAAACUGGUCACCAGCCGGAGCAACCUGGUAUGGUAGCCCCACUGGUGCAGGAUCAGAUGGAGGAGCUUGUGGCUAUGGCGCUUUAGUGAGCCAACCACCAUUUUCUUCAAUGAUUUCUGCAGGUGGCCCUUCUUUGUUCAAUUCAGGGGAAGGGUGUGGAGCCUGUUAUGAGGUAAAAUGCACUCAGAAUCAGAACGCUGCGUGCUCAGGAAAUCCAGUGAAAGUAGUUAUUACUGAUGAAUGCCCUGGAGGUCCUUGCGCUGCAGAGGCAGCUCAUUUUGAUUUAAGUGGAACCGCUUUUGGAUCCAUGGCAACUUCUGGCCAGGCUGAUCAACUUCGUAAUGCCGGAGUCUUGCAGAUACAAUAUAGAAGGGUUGAAUGCAACUAUUCUGGGAAGACAGUGACCUUUCACGUUGAUUCAGGGUCAAACCCAAACUAUUUCGCUACACUAGUUGAAUACGAAGAUGGAGAUGGUAAUCUGGGUAAGGUUGAACUCAAACAGGCGCUUGACUCAGACUCAUGGCUUUCCAUGCAGCGAUCGUGGGGUGCAGUUUGGAAACUUGAUUCAGGGUCGACUUUACGUCCUCCGUUUUCAAUACGUUUAACUGAGCCUGACUCUGGCAAUACCCUUGUUGCGAGUGGUGUCAUUCCUGCUAAUUGGAAACCAGGACAAACUUAUCGAUCACUUGUCAAUUUUAACGUCUAAUUAAUUUUGCAUAUGUAUAUAUAUAGUGGAGGAGAUUAUUAGUUCUAAUUAGGUCAACUUUAAUGGCUCCUCGCCUCCUCCCAUGUACUCUCAAUGUCCCGUGCACUUGUUAAAUAAAUCUUUUGGGUUUCUAUAGCAAGCCUAGUUCGGCCUGCAGAAAGCGGAGCCCAGUAACAAAUGAUUGAUUUGGGCUAUUUGGUAACAGAUUCAAACCCAUUUAUUCUAGCUGU